AUUUGUUAUGUUAGUUCUCCCAUCUCUUAUCCCCUGUUUUGCAGAUGAUACUGAAAGAACCUUUUGAUGCUGACAGCAGGGAGCACAGUGUUUUCCUCAAAGACAGAUUUUCUCAAGUGAACACAGUGUGUACAUCAGCUGGCAAACAAUGGACCAUGGAAGUGGACAGAGCAAAUCCACAGUAUACACAGUGGUACAGUGAACACAUGCACUAUGUGGCCAGACUUACUAGCAUCCCGCAGUUUGACAAAAUGAGAGAGAGUUUACGUCAUCAUUGGCUCUUUUAAAAUGUUAAAGGGGCAUGCCGGUCUUUUUUUUUUACUGCAUGGCUAGUAUGUUUGUUCAGAGCCCCCUCCCUCCACACUUUUGUGACAUCAGAAUUCAGCAGGCAUUGUCUCAUGAAUUCAGUAACUUUCCAAAAUCAAUGAUUUGACAUUCACCCCCAGUUCACGCAGGGAUUGGUCGGCUGUGCAGAGGUGUGAAAGGAGGCAGGGUCGGUACUCUGUUUUUCAUUCUUCACUCAUCUAUUUCUGUCCCUGACUGAAACACCCCUUACUUGUUUAAACAAUAUUGCAUAUUCUCCUUCCCUGUGGUAGCUGGCUUUUUAAUCCAUCUUCAAGUUUGGAACAAAUGUAAACAUUUGAAUUUCGAUGUGAUUGAACGACACAUCUUAUGAUCUAGAACUGUUUGAGCAUAACCCAACCCUUACUUCUUCUGUGGCUCUAGGGGAGGUUUCUUAAGUUGACUGGCAUGAUGGGAAUUGUAGGAUCCUAGGGAGUAAAAGUGAGGAUAUCUCAGUCUCUGCUGCCUCAAUUUUCACAGUCCAUUUUUAAAUAUCUCUUAUUAGAACCCAACUAUGUGGAAGUGCAGCACUAAAUCACUGGACUACCUCUGUAAGUGGGUGGAGGUGUGAUGUAAUAUCAAACAAGCACAACUUGAUCCACGGACUUAAUGUGAGUGGCUGUUACCUCUCCUGGAAGAUUACAAGGUUAAGCAGUCAGUGCAGUUACACCCUUUCAGAUGGCUGACCACAUUGACUGUAAAUCUAUGAAAGACUAUGCAUAUUUCUCAACAGGGCAAGAUGUCCUGGCUAAAUGUCAAAUUUUCAAGUCAUAGCUCCAUAGGAAACCAUUGCUGCUGUGUGGAUGAGUAGUCCACACCUGAUCCACAUUUUGCUGUUGCCACAUUGGCCCUAACAUUUCUGCUCUGCAGGUUUAGCUGUGUCAAGGAUCCCUCUCAGGGUACAUACCAGGAUGAUGUGGCUAAUGUGACGUGAGGUUCUCUCUCAGACAACCUGGGGAAUACACUGUGCAUUUGACAUGUGAGCAGAUUGAGGACAGCCCCUGUAGAAAACCCAAAACUGAGAAUCAUUCCCAUGCAAGGCGAGCCUCUCUGCAGAGUUGUCAUGUCCAUUUGUUCUGCUCUAGUUUGUAUGUAGGUCAUCGGUAGUAGCCCAGAGAUGCAGCAGAAUAGCAGCCGCACACUCUUUUACAUGAUAUUUACAGAGUGUUGGGCUUCAUAUAGCUCUAAUUUACAUUCUGAUUAAUGCUGAAGUCCUGACUACCUGCAGUAAUAAGCCAAUUUUUCCAAAUCACGACACAGUGAAGAGCUUUGAUCUGUGGUAUGAAAUUGAAAUAGGCUGCUCAAACGUUAAUCUAUGUACAGUAUGUAUUAACAGUUAUUUCUUAAACUGAGAGAAGAGAAAAAACAAAGGCAUAUAUAUUCCAUUUGUAUAGUUCAUAUGUAUUUAUUCUCAUUUAUUUAUUAUUCUGUUUUUCUUUUUGGGAGGGGCCAGAGUGCCCAUUACAGGUCGGGAGUGCGCGCCUACUGGGGAUGGAGAAGAAAUGACUGAAAGGGACAAAAAGGGGGAAAAAAAGGUACAGAAAGACCCCAGAAAAAGCUUCCUCCCUUGAGUGUCUGGGAGCAGUUCAUGUUGGAAGACAGGGUCUUGUGACCUGGUGGUCAGCCUCCUCCGAAGGGGCUGUCUGCAGCAUGACCACUGUAGCGGCCCUGUGCAGCCCUGAAGCAGACGUGAUGACGCCUCACAGUCAGCGGAUGUCAUGACACCCAGUGGUCUGUGCAAAAAAAGCCCUCAGAUCUUCACUACUGACUGCAGGAAGCGGGGGACACUCAGUCAUGACACCCAGUGGCGAGGCAGCCAUGGCAGCUGAUCUAGACGUGGUGAACCUGUUUAUCAUUGCUGGGGGAACACUGGCUAUUCCCAUUCUGGCCUUUGUUGCCUCCUUCCUUCUCUGGCCCUCAGCUCUCAUUAAAGUUUAUUACUGGUACUGGAGGAGGACGCUGGGCCUGCAGGUACGCUACGCAGACUGUGGUGGUUAUCGCUUCUGUUACUCAUACAGAGGAAAGCCUGGGAUGAGACCUUCCAUUUUAAUGCUGCAUGGCUUCUCUGCUCACAAAGACACAUGGCUCACUGUUGUCAAGUAUCUACCAAAACAUCUGCACCUUGUGUGUGUGGACAUGCCUGGCCACCAGGGAACAACACGCACCAACACAGAGGAUUAUUCAAUUCAGGGGCAGGUCAGAAGGAUCCAUCAGUUUGUGGAAACCAUUCGCUUGAACAGGAAACCUUUCCAUCUGGUGGGAACCUCCAUGGGAGGAAAUGUAGCCGGGGUUUACGCGGCCUGCUAUCCCUCAGAAAUCUGUAGCAUGACUCUCAUUUGCCCAGACGGUAUAAGACAUCCAUGUGAGACCAAAUUUGACAACCAUCUGCAGGACCUGGAGCACAGCAAUUACACAUUAAACAUCCCGCUGAUCCCCACUACACCCGAAGAGAUGGAGGACAUGUUCAGACUUUGUUCCCACGUUCGCUUCAAAAUCCCUCAGCAGAUUCUUCAAGGAUUGGUAGAUGUUCGGGAGCCUCACAACACAUUUUACCAAGAAGUGUUUAUGGAGAUUGUUGGUGAGAAAUCAAGAUAUGCCUUACAGGAUCACUUACACUUGAUCACUGCACCUUUACAAGUGAUAUGGGGCAAACAAGACCAGGUGGUGGAUGUCUCUGGAGCUACAGUCAUUGCAGAGGUGUUGCCUGGAUCCCGAGUGGACCUGCUGGAGAACUGUGGCCACUCUGUGGUGAUGGAGAGGCCCAGUCGGACGGCCAAACUCAUCCUGGAGUUCAUUGUUUUGCAGCAAGAUGCCAGGGGUGGCACCAAGAAAUCUUCCUGAACAAAAGACUUUUAAUAAUUUUCUUCUGUUGUAAUGCUUCAUGUGUUCCGUAUGCUUGACCUUCAUAUGAGCACAGAUGUCCACACUUGUAAAAAAAAAAAUAUAUAUAUAUAUAUAUAUAUAUAUAUUUAAGGCAGUAGGCAAGGUUUAUUUAGUAGUAUUCUAACAUUUCUUAGAAACGGCAUUUUAUUUACAAUGUAAUCUGGAUCAUGAUAAUAAAAGUCCCAUGCAUGUAUCUGUGUGCAGAUGUGUGAAUGGUUGUAUUCAUGCAGAGGUGCCUGUGGUUGCAGCAGGACCUCCUCCCAUCCUCCU